GCCUUGAUUAAAGCUCGUUCACAAACACAGUGACAGGACAGACAGGUGAACAGCAGGUGUAAUGAAAGCACAGGAACACUUCAACAUUUUCAAACUGGACUUGAUGUUUGGAUAGAAACAUUGCCACUCUUUGACCAUCAAUCAAGAAAUAAGUGGAGACGACACUGGGUCUUUACGGGUCCAUUGGCAGGGAUGCCCGGCAUGCAGAUGUGGUGAUGCCAAGAGCGUGUCAGGCCCUGUGCCGAACAAUAGUCACUCAAAACGGCCUAGAGCCAGAGAAUGUGGACAUUUCACAGUCAGUACUCUACACAUCCAUCAUGGGACUCCUGCUGGUGACAGACAACGAGAGAGAGCUGCAAUUGGGAAAUGGACAAGUUGGACUGCGCAACGUUGGAAAUACUUGUUUUCUCAAUGCGAUCGUGCAGUGUCUCUCUCACACUCGUAGUCUUCGUAACUACUGUCUGAUGAGAACCUACCUUCAGGACAAGCACUCCAAACAAGAACCUGUGCUUAUGAAUGAAUUCUCUAAAGUUUUGGCUGGCUUGUGGGAAUGUAAUGGUGGGGAAACCACAGUGAAUCCUGGGAAGUUUUAUCACGUGUUUAAAGACUCAGUGCCUCAUUUCAGUGGCUAUAGACAGAUCAUUUAUCCAUUUCAUUUCUCACUCACACACAGUCAGCAAGAUGCUCAGGAGUUCUUGCGGUUCCUUCUGGACAGGCUACAUACAGAAAUUAACCGUCGUCCAUCCAAACGUCCUGCAGUUAUGGAAAUUAAGCAACCAACAUACACACGAUUCAGCAAGAUUUCAGAGGAGGCCUUUGCAAUGUGGCAGAGGCAUCUUGACAGGGAUGACAGUAAAAUCGUUGAUUUGUUCUCAGGUCAGCUGCGCAGUUCCUUGCACUGUUCAGUCUGCUCCCAUUACUCCAACACCUUUGAUGUGUUUUGCGACCUGUCACUCCCCAUCCCAAAGAAGAGUGAUUAUGGACGAACUGUCACACUGAGAGAGUGUCUAGACCUCUUUUCACACGAGGAAAAACUUGAUAAAGAAAACUCGCCGAUGUGUGAGCGGUGUAACCGUCGCACCCAGAGCACCAAAAGACUGACCAUCCAAAGGUUCCCUAGAAUCCUCGUCAUGCACUUAAAUCGAUUUACCAUGUCAAGGUACUCGAUAUCAAAGAGCACAGUGCCAGUUUCCUUCCCUCUAAAUGGACUGGACUUAGGGCCAUUUGGACCUGUUGACUGCGGUCCAGUGCUGUAUGAUCUUUAUGCAGUAUGCAAUCAUUCGGGCACAGUAAAUAUGGGUCACUAUACGGCUGCAUGUCGGGAGGAGGAGGGCUGGUGCUACUAUAAUGACUCAUGUGUUGGUGAAAUAACAGAGGAGAAGCUUCAGUCAAAUCAGGCAUAUGUUCUCUUCUAUGAGCUAAAAAGCUUCAAUAUCACCAGGAACUGAGGGCAGAGAAUGUUUGUUGUUAUGAGAGACUCCAGUAAUUAUUUGGCAAAUUUCAGAUACCACAGAAAAAAAGUUCAACUGUGAUGUUGGCAGAAAGUGAAUGAGCUUGAAAACUGGUCAUUGUACAUGAUUUAAUUUAAUUGUAAAUUCAUGUUAUUGAGGUAUUUUUGCUACACUAAACAAUGUGUUUUUAUGAACUUUAUGCACUUAGAAAAGCACAUUAUUUUAGAAAAAUGUCUGUUAUUAAAAUAAAAAUCUGUAUAUAUAUGU